CGGAGCGCGCACGGAUACAGGCGGGCGCAGCGAUACAGGAGCGGGGGCAGACGCUGUCCCUCAACCGGCACAAUUUUAUAGCGUUUAAUUUAUUUCUGUUUGCGUUUCGUUACACUGUGAUCUCUGGGGACGUGCCAUGGCGCAGCCUGACAACAAGAAGUUCUUUGAGAACCUCAGCGGCGCGGGCAAAGCCAUCGCGGUUCUGACGAGCGGGGGUGAUGCUCAAGGGAUGAACGCUGCCGUGCGGGCCGUGGUGCGGAUGGGAAUCUACGUGGGAGCCAAAGUGUACUUCAUCCAUGAGGGUUAUCAGGGUAUGGUGGAUGGGGGUGAUAACAUAAAGGAAGCAACAUGGGAAAGUGUCUCCAGCAUGCUUCAAGUGGGUGGCACUGUGAUAGGCAGCGCCCGCUGUAUGGAGUUCCGCACGCACGAGGGCCGUCUGAAGGCCGCCCACAACCUGGUGCAACACGGCAUCACCAACCUGUGUGUGAUCGGCGGGGACGGCAGUCUGACGGGUGCCAAUCUCUUCAGGGAGGAAUGGAGCAGCCUGUUGGCCAAGCUCGUCCAGCAGGGUAUGAUCAGUGACGACGCGGCUGAGAAGUAUUCAGCCCUGCACAUCGUGGGGAUGGUGGGAUCCAUCGACAACGACUUCUGCGGCACAGACAUGACCAUCGGGACCGACUCUGCUCUCCACCGGAUCAUCGAGGUGGUGGACGCCAUCAUGACGACGGCCCAGAGCCACCAGAGGACAUUUGUUCUGGAGGUGAUGGGCAGACACUGUGGCUACCUUGCGCUGGUGAGUGCCCUGGCCUGUGGUGCUGAUUGGGUCCUGAUCCCUGAGAUGCCCCCUGAGGACGGCUGGGAGGAGAAGAUGUGUGAGAAACUCUCCGCGAAUCGAGCAGGAAGGAAAAGGCUGAAUAUCAUAAUAGUAGCUGAGGGCGCCAUUGAUCGUAACAACAAACCCAUAACCACAGAACAUGUGAAGGAUCUGGUGGUUCGCAGUUUGGGCUUCGACACGCGUGUCACCAUCCUGGGCCACGUCCAAAGAGGAGGAACUCCGUCGGCCUUCGACAGAAUCCUGGCCAGUCGUAUGGGUGUGGAAGCCGUCCUCGCGCUGCUGGAGACCACAGCCAACACGCCGGCCUGUGUCGUCUCGCUGUGUGGAAACCAAGCCGUGAGGCUGCCUCUCAUGGAGUGUGUGCAGAUGACACAGGAGGUUCAGAAGGCCAUGGAUGAGAAGAGGUUUGAAGACGCCGUAAAGCUUCGGGGCAGGAGCUUUGAGAACAAUCUUAGGACCUACAAACUCUUGGCUCACCGUAAACCAGAAUCUGAACUGCCACACAGCAACUUCAACGUGGCCGUGCUGAAUGUGGGUGCUCCGGCAGCAGGCAUGAACGCGGCGGUGCGCUCGGCCGUCAGGGUGGGCAUCUCCGAGGGACACAAGAUGUUUGCCAUCAACGACGGCUUCGAGGGCUUCUAUAAGGGACAGAUUAAAGAGAUAAAAUGGGGCGCCGUCGGGGGAUGGACGGGCCAAGGCGGGUCCCUUCUGGGGACCAAAAGGACGCUUCCCGCAAAGUACAUUGGCAAAAUCGCCGAACAGAUUCGGAAGUACAACAUAAAUGCCCUGCUGGUCAUCGGUGGAUUCGAGGCCUACUUGGGGAUCGCGGAGUUGUUAGCCGCCCGCGGGACAUGUGAGGAGUUCUGUGUGCCCAUGAUCAUGGUGCCAGCUACGGUCUCCAACAAUGUGCCCGGCUCAGAUCUCAGCAUUGGUGCAGACACCGCGCUGAACGCCAUCACCGAUGCGCUUGAGUGUUUGCUGCAGCUCUGUGAGGCUCGGCGCACCUUUGAGGAGUUGUGCAUCCCUCUAUGUAUGCUGCCUGCUACUAUUAGUAACAAUGUCCCCGGUACUGACCUCAGUAUCGGGGCAGACACUGCCCUUAAUGCCAUCGUAGAGACAUGUGACCGUAUCAAGCAGUCCGCCAGUGGGACGAAGAGACGCGUCUUCAUCAUUGAGACCAUGGGGGGGUACUGUGGAUAUCUGGCCAGCGUCGGUGGUCUGGCCGCCGGAGCGGAUGCGGUCUACAUUUAUGAAGAACCUUUUGACAUCCGAGAGCUGCAGUCUAACGUAGAGCACUUAACAGAGAAGAUGAAGACUAGCAUUCAGAGAGGACUUGUCCUGAGGAAUGAGAAUAGUAAUGUGAACUACACUACAGACUUCAUCUAUCAGCUCUAUUCAGAGGAAGGAAAAGGUGUGUUUGACUGCAGGAAGAAUAUACUGGGACAUAUGCAACAGGGAGGUGCUCCUUCUCCUUUUGACCGUAACUUCGGGACUAAAAUCGCAGCCAAAGCCAUGCAGUGGAUCUCUAAGAAACUGCAGGAGAGUUACAGGCAAGACGAAGGCCGGGUGUUUGCGAACACAGAGGACUCGGCGUGUCUGUUGGGGAUGCGGCGUCGUGCUCUCGUCUUCCAGCCCGUGACACAGCUGAAGGAUCAGACUGACUUCAUUCACCGGAUCCCUAAGGAACAGUGGUGGCUGAAGCUUCGUCCUCUGAUGAAGAUCCUGGCCAAGUACAAGACCAGCUAUGACGUGUCCGACUCUGGCCAGCUGGAGCACGUGGUCUGCAACCGGACCAAGGAAUCCGACACCACCACCACCAUCUGAGGUCACAGUCGGGGUGAGGGGUCAGAGCUUGUGCCCAAGGGUGGGACUCCUCUACGUGGCCCGGGUGCUUCAUCCUUUCCUCUCAUUCUCCUCCUCCUCCUCGUAGUUACCAUGGCAGCCACACCCCCACCCCCCCCGGUGCACCGUCCUCCCUGUUCGGGUGGAGGGAGAUGGGGAGGGAGGGGGUGUGGGUGGUGCUGCUUUGAGCGUGUGCUCCAUGACACAAACCUCCAACUCUACCUUCUCCGUGUAGCUAGUGUCCGGCGUGCGAUGCAGACGCCGUCUGUCCUGCCCCGAUCUUCCCGUCUGCUGUGUGGAUGUGUGAAUAUCGUUGUGACAUCUGCUUAACCAAUAAACAUGAUGUACACCCGUU